CAUUAAUUUUCAAUAUCGACUUGCAAAAUCCUUUGAAAAAUCAGAUUACAUGACGCUCCAUGUUGCCCUCAACCUGCUGACCUCUCAUGAGAGUCACUGGCUCGUGGUUGCUGAGCUCUGCUGUUCGAAGAAUCUGAUGAUGUAAAAAGAAAUAUCCUCCCCGCCCCUCGAGAAGCAGGAAGAGUGCAGCCACAAAAAGCGGGGUGCCCUCCGCAGCGGCGGGAGGAAGAGCACCUCUGUAGGGAAGCCCUGAUACAAGCCCACCCUCGCGUGCUUUCGGGCUGCGCAGCUCAAGACAUGACGGAGCGGAGGAACAGGGUCGCUCGCGUCAGGGUUCGAGCUUGUUUGCUGCUGCUGGCGUGUCUGUGGCUGUGGCCACAGCAAAGCCUGGGGACAGCGUGCCAGGAUGGGGAGCUGAGGAUAAUCCGUAAAGACGAAAAGAAAUGCUGCCCCAAGUGCAACUCAGCCGCGGGAGACAACCCAUGUCAAGACAUCACGGACCAGGACUGCAGAUGCCGCCAGGGUUACAGCUGCACCGAUCGUUCCUGUGGCUACUGCACAAAACUGCCCGAAUGUGCGGAGGGCGAGGAGCUGGUUAAGCGCGGCACUAUAGACCUAACGUUCGAAUGUAAACCCUGUGAGAUAGGAACCUAUUCCAACGUUAAGAACGGCUGGUGCCGAAACUGGACUGAUUGUGAAAGAUCUGGGUUUCUCACAAUCAAGCAAGGCAACAGCACACAUAACGCAGUGUGUGGUUUCCCUGGUAAAGAUUUGGAGCAAGCUCCGAUGACGACUGACUCUCUCUACACCACCAUCCUGGCCAUCCUUACUGCAGUGGCCGUGUUUGUUCUCAUCCUGCUCACCUUCCUCUUGCAUUUCUGCAUAUGGACCCUGAAGAAAGAGAAAUACCCCGCAGUUGACGAUCUGGAACAUCACUUCUCUAGGCUGCCUCUGGCUCGACAACUCUCACACCAGAGGGAAGAGUCCUGCAGCUGCCAGUUUCCAGAAGAAGAACAUGGAGACAAAACACCCGAGGAGAAGUCUUGCUACUUCCACACCCAGAGCCCGCAGUGAAAAGAGAUGAAUUGGGAUGUACUGGAGAAUGGGGAGAUGAGCUCAGCUUUAAGCAAAAAAAAAAAAACAAAGGGAGGGACUGGGUGUGUAAAGCAUCAUUAUAUACAUUAUUAUAUCAUUUAUUUUCCUUCUCUUCUGUAACUCAGCAAUCCUGGGUACUGAAUACUGAGUUACAACAGGUUGACUUCUGAAAGGGUCAAAUGAUCACGCCGUCUACAGAAAGAUGUUUAAUGGUCUCUUCACCAGAGUUUAUAGAGUAGGAAAAAACAGCGGAAAGCAGAGAAAAGCCCAACAUUUCUUCUCGAUGCUUUUUAAUCAGCAGAACAUCUGCUGGUGUAUCCUAGUGUAGCUCCAGUGACUUGAUCAGCAGCUGAAAGGUAUUCUCCUUACUGAAAAUUGUACUACGGAGGAUAUUUUUACAUGUUAGAUUAACGCUUUUUCAGUCUUAUAGAGCUCUAACAUGGCUGGAAUUAACUGUCUUGCCUGAAUUUAAAGGGGCAGCAUUUUAGCUGGAGUUGGUUGCUUUGUGUGACUUGACACUGAUUUCAAAUAAGAAUUUAGCCUGUGGCUUCAACUAGUUGAAACUUGCCUUUUUUAUAUGAUUAUUUUCGCAUUCUGUGACUGCAGUAAUAGAUUGAAAGCUCUGGAUUCCUUCUGGGGAAAGCUGCUUGGAGCAGACUCUUCAAUGACUAGAUCAGCUCUGGGUAGAAAUGCGGUUUGACUCAGCCUUCACAUGGAAGGUUAUAAAUAUGUUGCCGUGCAGCCAUUACAUCAGCCUCCUCGCAAUUCCUUACGGAUAACGCAGCCAGCACAGGGCUCCUAAAUUAAAUCCUAACAGAAUAAUGACAUUUCUGCUAAUCACCUUACUGAAUACUCAGAGGGGAUUAUUCCGAGUUGGAACACCGUGCUGGUUUAAGUAGGGCUCUGUGACAUUACAAUGGCUGCGGAGCAGAAGUUAGUGCGUCCCCAGAUGUGUUGCAAAAGCCGAAGAAGUGGGACAGUGUUGCGGUUUAAUCCAUGGCAGCUGAUUCCCACGCGGCCACUCGCUCACUCCCCGCGCUGGGAUGGGGGAGAGAAUGGGAAGAGUCACACUGAGAAAACUCAUGGGUUGAGAUAAACACAAUAUUUUGUGUUUCCAGUGCAAAUCCCAAACUUGGCCCCGCACUUUCUAGCUGCUAUGAAGAACAUUCACUCUAUCCCACCCUUACGCCUUACCUUCAUGUAGAAUAGGAGCAGUGGUAUUUCUCAAUACGGAAAGGAUGUUAUGCAUGUAAUUAGUACUUUCAAUGUAUUUUUGCCUUCUUUGAUGCUCUUACUGUUAAUUCUUGUGUUACUGACAGCUUUUCCUGUCCGUAUCCCCACGUGAAAUUCACUUUUCAGAGGGUGAGUUUUCCUCUGUUGCUUUGGGAAUGGUGCAGAUUCUUAAUUGGGGUGCCCUGCAGAUUCAGCCAGGGAAGGGUGGAAGCAUUGGUCUGGAUUAAGUAGGAUACAUUUGUUAAAGUGUGAGACUGUCUCUGCCUUAUCAGCAGUUUUGCUGUGGGAUUUAACAUACUCAGAAGACAAAACACUGGCUACUAAAGACCCUUCUUACUGCUCCUUCCAUGUUGGUGUGUUUAUUCUCAGCUCUGUCUCGACCCUUCUUGCUUUUUAAUGUUUUCAACAAGAUUUCCCAUUGUGACCUUUCAUAAAGGUAAAAUAAACUUGCACACUGAA